GAUAAGAAAUCGCUGGUUUUAAAGGGAAACCAAGGUUGUUCAGGUCUGCGGUGGGGCAUAGCAGGUUGAAGGUUGCUGCCGGCUGCAGGGCCCCGUGGAGCAGAAGAGCUGUUCCAAUUCCCCUUUUUUCCUCUCAUGUCCCCCCCCUGUGUGUUUCCCUGUGUCUUAUCACCCCACACUACCCCACCCACCCCCUACCUGGUCCCCCCUGUCGUGUCGCCACUCCAGCCCUAAGCCCCCCCUCUCACCCCAUGCUUGGGACAAAGCCAGCUCACUGCCAGCCCAAUGACUGCCUGGAUCGUCCUGCCUGUCAGCCUGUCUGCCUUCUCCAUCACAGGAAUAUGGAUAGUGUACGCGAUGGCCGUGAUGAAUCACCAUGUUUGUCCUGUGGAGAACUGGUCUUACAAUGUAACGUGCACAGAAGAGACGCACCGGCCGGGCUUCCCCAAGACCUGCUGUACCAUCCAGGACAUCCCCCUCAUCAGUAAAUGUGGCUCCUUCCCUCCUGAAAGUUGCCUGUUCAGCUUGAUCGGCAACGUUGGAGCAUUCAUGGUGGUGAUGGUGUGCCUUCUGCGCUACGCCCAGUUGAUCGAACACAGCCACCGAUGUUGGAUCAACACCAGCGCUCUGGUGUCCGGCUGCACCAAUGCUUUGGGUCUGCUCAUGGUGGGAAACUUCCAGGUGGAUCACGCCAAAUCUCUCCACUAUGUGGGUGCUGGAGUGGCAUUUCCAGCGGGGUUGCUGUUCGUGUGCCUGCAGUGUGUGCUCACCUACCGGGUGGCUGUGACUGCCCUUGACUACUGGAUGGCCCAUUUCCGAGUUGCUCUUACACUGGGAGCCAUGGUGUCCCUCGUCCUUAGCGGCAUCUUCUUCAUCCACGAGAGCUUUGUCCUGCAGCACGCCGCAGCCAUCUGCGAGUGGGUCUUCACGGUGGACAUCUUGGUUUUCUACGGCACCUUCACCUACGAGUUUGGCACCGUCACCAGCGAGACCCUGAUGGUGGGCCUGCAGCAGAGUCACCACAUCGGUUCAGGGGUUCUCAUGGGCCCCGGGGCCCGAGGCUCGACAAUGGGUGGGGCGACUAAGGGCCUCAAGUCCCCCGGGGGAAGCAGCACGUCCACACACCUCAACUGUACGCCAGAGAGCAUCGCCAUGUUGUAGCUCUGCAUUGCUGGCCAACGGUCUGCAGAGGUCCAUCGCGGGCGAACACGGGACAUCCGAGGAGGAGGAGAAGUCCUGGUAUGUUUAACCAUCGAACCAACACCAGGUUUUCCCAUCUGCAAUGCUCGACUAUCCCUUUUGAUUUCAAUGUUGCCGCAAGCCACUGCAGUCAAAUCCCUUUCAGUGGUGGUUGAGCGUGUGGAGCCAGCGGGAGCACCGGAGCCAUGAACGUUUUCCAAGAUGGCUGCUGAUUUGGGCGACACUGGCGAUGGCCGUCAGUUUUUUCUGACUGGUGAUCACUGGUGAGCCCACAGUGGUUUGUGUCCCAGACCCUCCUUCAUGGACCACCCAACGCUCAGCGUGGCCCACCUGUUUUGGCCUUUUGCUUCUCUCUGCACGGCAAUGUUUUUGGAUGAGAGGAUAACAAUUUAGGAUUGAGUUUUGACUUUGCAAAGUAAGUACAAAAUGUUGAAUGUUUGAGAACAACAGUUCUGUAUGUUUUACAGGCUGUAAGCAUAUGGCCUUUUUUUAAUAUCAGUCUGUCAAAUGAGAAAAAUCAUUCAUUUCACUCAACAAUUUAAUUGGUUGCACAGAUGAUUUUGAAUGCAAAUAUCGAUGGUAUUUUUAACAUUGUUUUACAAACUGUAUACAUGUAUCUUGAGCCACCGUGAUUCUUGAGACCAUUCUCAUGUCACUCAUGUGUGGGAGUGCAGGUUUGCUGCAUAAAGAACUAUAGCCGUUCUCUGUUGGAAGGACUCGGACGGCGUGCAUCUCAAUCACUCUGUUCUGCUUUGAUGUCAUUCCGUUAUCAUCCAACACGUCCCAUGAGUUUAUUUGUGUCAUUUACAUUUCAUGCUAUCUUUUUAUUUAAUUGACUGUUGAGUCUGGUGCAAUAAUGCCAUCAAUCAUCUGAGAUGUUCCACUCUGCUGCAGUGAAAAUUGCCUUUUUUGAUGUGUUGAAGUUGAACACAGGGCUUUUCUUUCUUUUCUUUUGUUUUUUUUUGUUACGCCAAAACAUAUUAAGUGACCUACAUGUGUUAGUAAAAGGAGUAGAUGUGAAGGUAAACGUAAUCCGACUAACGUAUUUCCAAAGUAACGUAGUUCUUGCCCACACACUGAUUUGAUUCCAGGCUGGACCCUUGGAAGCCUUAUUUUAGUUUUGAGGAUGAGGUGAGGACGAAUAUGCCGCUUGUAGACCUUGUGCGAUAAACUUCAUGGCGUUUCAAAAGUGUCUAUGCAGUGUUACGGACGCAUAGUACCACACCGGUUGUAGACUGAGAGUAGAGUAUGUUAUUUAUUAAGGUUGUGUAUGAUUUCCUGUUGCCAAUUGCUCUUGAAGUGAUAUUUACAAUUGUGAAUAACCAAGACUGCCACAAACUACCACUGCUCAAACGUAAGCGGAAUAAUCUGACUGUUUUUCCUGUGUGAGCAGCUCCGUGCCCCCCGGUGCCCCCCGGUGUCCGGCCUUCCGGGUAGUGUUGAUACAUUUUGAACUGUCUAACCACAGGAUGCCAGCAAUACACGUUUUCAAAAAGGUCCCAUCACCUACCUCUUUUAUCGUUUGUGGGUCUGAUGUUCUGAAGGAAAAGCUAGAGUUCCAACAUGUUUCCCAUCUUCGACGGUCUGAAAAGUGUUUUAUAUGACGGCAGCUCAGCGAUCCACAGUCUCUGUAAGUAUCUGCGUUUCCACAGGACCGUGGAUCUGCUGUUACACGAGCUGCGCAAUCAUACGUCACGUCAGUUUUCUUUACUUUUUGUGCCAAUUAUUUAACUUGCUAUUAUUUCUGGGACUGCAGCGAGUCUGUCUUGCUCUGCAAAUCUUGCCAAAAAAAGACUGUAAUUCACUAGAGUUUAUUGGUUUUGUGUGCGUUGCAUUAGUUGUAUGAAUUGAUAAGCCUUAUAUCCCUCGUACUGUGCCAGGGGAACAUGUUCAUUUAUUCUUAUCAUGUUGUAGCCUAUCUCACCAAACUGUAACUACGUCACACGGUGUGACUACAAACGGCAGCUUGUAUGAGGCCUCACAUCAGGGUCGGAUGUAUUGUGUAAACACAUCUGUUCCAUAAUACCAUCUUUACCAAACUCUUAAGGUAGAUUUUACAUGUUUUUCCUUUUCUGUCAAUGUACACUCAAGUAAGCUUUCAUUUGGUAAUCGUGGUUGGGGGAAGCAUCCAAUGUUACGAAAAGCUGACUUGUACACAUCUUGAACUCUUUACAGCAACACGGAAACAAUGUCUAAAAAAGGUAUUAUACACAAUUCCUCAAUUUUAAAAUGUGUCAAAGAAUGGAAUACCCCAAAACAAGACACAGAUUUAGUUUCGUUUUAUAAAUUCUGUAAAUAUGUACAAUUUGUCUAUCAUUUAGUUAUUUUCAUUUGACAGAGAUUUAUAUUCAAAUAUGAAAUAAAAAUGGUAAGUUAUA